CGUUGGCCGGCCCAACGACAUCGACGGCCAAAUCCCCCAAUCCCACCUUCCGGAAAACCACCAACCCGGCAGCGGUUUUCCGGCAGCCACUGCCGCCGGACAGCCAGCCACCACCGUUGCUGGCUACUCACUCUCACAGCCACAGUGACCGACUCGGCUCGCCUCGCUUGCAGCUGCACCCAACCCAACCUCCUCGCCUUCCUCCUCUCCUUCCUCUUCUCCUCUUCUCUACUCCACUCUGUCCCACGCGCGCACACACGCACGCAGCUUCCUCGGCCUUGGAGGGGUGAAGGGGGGAGGGAGGAGGAGCAGAACGAAGGAUCUUGGGGCUCGGGUUGGUCGGGGUAUGGAUCGGCUCGGCGCGGGUGUCCUAAUGCCGAGCUUUCUUGGCAAGAUCCAUGGCCGCCGCGCGAGAACCCUCGUCUCGUAGACAGCCCUAAAGCCCUCGCGGCAGGAUGGUCGGAGCGCGUAGGCAAAUCGACGGGGAGGAAUCAAGAAUCGGGGCCUUCGAUCGCUGCAGAAACCGCCAUGGACAGCUCCAGCAAGCUCGCGCGAAUGCGCCUGUGAUAGAAGACUUGUAGUUGGAGAGCUUGCAGAGCCAGAUUGUGGAGGAGAAGCAGCGAUGCCACCGAUCCCAUCUCUGUGGAUCCGCGUCUUCUUCUCCUGGCUGCUGCUGUCGCUGCCCGCCGCGGCUGCCGCCGAUUUCAGCCACUGCGGCGGCUGCGACGACGGCGACGGCGGCGGCGGCAUAUGGAGCACGGACAACAUCCUGCAAUGCCAGAGGGUGAGCGACUUCCUCAUCGCCAUGGCCUACUUCUCCAUCCCGCUCGAGCUGCUCUACUUCGCCACCUGCUCCGACCUCUUCCCGCUCAAGUGGAUCGUCCUGCAGUUCGGCGCCUUCAUCGUGCUCUGCGGCCUCACCCACCUCAUCACCAUGUUCACCUACGAGCCGCACUCGUUCCACGUCGUGCUCGCGCUCACCGUCGCCAAGUUCCUGACCGCCCUGGUGUCGUUCGCCACCGCGAUCACGCUGCUCACGCUCAUACCGCAGCUGCUCAGGGUCAAGGUCAGGGAGAACUUCCUCAGGAUCAAGGCGCGGGAGCUGGACCGGGAGGUGGGGAUGAUGAAGAGGCAAGAGGAAGCGAGUUGGCACGUGCGGAUGCUCACGCACGAGAUCCGCAAGUCGCUCGAUCGCCACACGAUCCUGUACACCACCAUGGUUGAGCUCUCCAAGACGCUCGAGCUGCAGAACUGCGCCGUCUGGAUGCCUAGCGAGAGCGGGAGCGAGAUGAUCCUGACACAUCAGCUGAGGCAGAUGGAGACGGAGGACUCGAAUAGCCUGUCCAUUGCGAUGGACAACCCGGAUGUACUUGAAAUAAAGGCAACAAAGGAUGCAAAAGUUCUCGCGGCAGACUCAGCGCUUGGGAUUGCAAGCAGAGGCAAGCUUGAAGCAGGUCCUGUUGCUGCAAUACGGAUGCCGAUGUUGAAGGCGUCGAAUUUCAAAGGAGGGACUCCAGAAGUGAUGGAAACAAGCUAUGCUAUUUUGGUCUUGGUACUACCCGAGGAUGGUUCACUAGGAUGGGGUGAAGAGGAGUUGGAGAUUGUUGAAGUGGUUGCUGAUCAAGUCGCAGUCGCCCUAUCACAUGCUGCAGUUCUGGAGGAAUCUCAAUUGAUGCGAGAGAAGCUCGCCGCGCAACACAGGGACUUGCUGAGAGCAAAGCAUGAAACCACGAUGGCCACUGAAGCUAGGAACUCCUUUCAGACUGCCAUGUAUGAUGGAAUGCGACGGCCAAUGCACUCGAUCCUUGGUCUAGUCUCAAUGAUGCAGCAAGAAAAUAUGAACCCUGAGCAAAGGCUUGUAAUGGAUGCCAUUGUCAAGACAAGUAGCGUUGCGUCAACAUUGAUGAAUGAUGUCAUGCAAACAUCAACCGUAAAUCGUGAGUAUUUGUCUUUGGUGAGGAGGGCAUUCAACCUUCAUUCGUUGGUUAAGGAGGCAAUCAGUGUUGUAAGAUGCCUAACUGGCUGCAAGGGGAUUGAUUUUGAGUUUGAAGUGGAUAAUUCUUUGCCCGAAAGGGUCGUCGGUGAUGAGAAGAGGGUUUUCCACAUCGUCCUGCACAUGGUAGGUACUCUAAUACAGAGGUGUAAUGCAGGCUGUCUAUCCUUGUAUGUGAAUACUUACAAUGAGAAGGAAGAGAGGCACAAUCAGGAUUGGAUGCUGCGAAGAGCAAACUUCUCUGGCAGCUAUGUGUGUGUUAAGUUUGAGAUUAGGAUUAGAGAGUCCAGAGGUAAUCUUUUGAGUUCGUCAUCCAGUCGGAGACUUCAAGGGCCCAACUCUACCAGUUCUGAGAUGGGGCUUAGCUUCAACAUGUGCAAGAAAAUUGUGCAGAUGAUGAAUGGUAAUAUUUGGUCAGUCUCUGAUUCAAAAGGCCUUGGAGAAACUAUCAUGCUUGCCCUUCAGUUCCAGCUGCAGCAUGUGACUCCGGUCUCUGGAGCAUCCUCGGACUUGUUCCGAUCAGCGCCAAUUCCCAAUUUUAAUGGACUCCAAGUCAUUCUUGUGGACAGUGAUGACACCAAUCGGGCCGUAACUCACAAGCUCCUGGAGAAGCUUGGUUGCCUAGUCCUCUCGGUUACUUCCGGCAUCCAAUGCAUCAACUCCUUUGCCAGUGCUGAGUCAUCUUUCCAGCUGGUGGUUCUUGACCUCACCAUGCGUACAAUGGAUGGAUUUGAUGUAGCUCUUGCAAUCAGGAAGUUCAGGGGGAAUUGUUGGCCACCGUUGAUAGUUGCUCUUGCGGCAAGCACCGAUGACACCGUUCGGGAUCGGUGCCAGCAGGCAGGAAUAAACGGUCUGAUCCAAAAACCAGUCACUUUAGCAGCACUGGGAGAUGAACUGUAUAGAGUCCUUCAAAACAAUUGAAAGAGCCUCAUGGUUCUCAUUUCUUUCAAUCUCAAUAGAUUGCUGUAGCUUGAUUAAUAGUUACUACGCUACUAGUUUCUGCCAGGUUAGGUCCAUACAAUCACAAAACAUUUGCACAAACAAAAUGUAUAGGGAGAUAUUAAAACAUCCUGCCUUUACCUUGGUUCCUUGGUGAAGGAAAGAAGGUAGAAAUUUUGAAGAGGUCAUACAGUUAGAACUUACUUAUUCAUUUGUAAACCCUAUUUAGAUUAUUAAUCAUUUGUCAGGUAAAUUAUUGGUGGCAA